CCCGACGCCGCUCUUUGUGGUCUAGAAACAGAAAGAUGGCGCCUUCACAUGUAUUGAGGUGCUGUCAGCGGGGUCUAGCAUGGAUACCUGUAAUAUUUAUUGCUUUAGUUGUAUGUUGGUCAUAUUAUGCCUACGUGGUGGAGCUGUGUAUAUUCACAAUUCCGAGCACAGGCGAAAAAAUUAUCUACUUGGUCGUCUUUCACCUUUCGUUCGUCAUGUUUGUUUGGUCUUAUUGGAAAACCAUCUUUACAAGACCUGUGAACCCAUCCAAAGAGUUCUGCUUGCCCAAAGCUGAGAAGGAGCAGUAUGAGAAAGAGGAGCGUCCAGAGACUCAGCAGGAGAUCCUGAAACGAGCAGCCAGCAGCCUGCCACUCUACACCCGCACUGGAGCUGGAGCCAUCCGGUACUGUGACCGCUGCCAGGUGAUCAAACCAGAUAGGUGCCAUCACUGCUCUGCAUGUGACAUGUGUGUGUUAAAGAUGGAUCAUCACUGUCCAUGGGUGAACAACUGCGUGGGCUUCUCCAACUACAAGUUCUUCAUCCUCUUUCUGGCCUAUUCACUUGUUUAUUGUUUAUUUAUUGCUGCAACUGUCCUCCAGUACUUCAUCAAGUUUUGGACACUUUGCCGGAGGAAAUCGGCAGAGAAUUGUCCGAAGAGUGAGCUGCCCGACUCUCACGCCAAAUUCCAUGUAUUGUUUCUCUUUUUUGUGGCGGCCAUGUUCUGCAUCAGCAUCCUCUCACUCUUCACUUACCACCUGUGGCUGGUAGGGAAGAACCGGUCCACCAUAGAGGCGUUCCGGGCACCUGUGUUUAGGAACGGCCCUGAUAAAAAUGGAUUCUCCCUGGGCUUCACCAAAAACAUUGUGCAAGUGUUCGGAGACCAAAAGAAGUACUGGCCACUGCCUAUCUUUACUAGUCAGGGAGAUGGCCUCAUUUUCCCAACCCGACUGGUGACCACAGAUCCAGAACAGCCAACAGUAGUUCUACCUCCCAACAGCUUCAGUGAUGAAGUCCAGCAGCCUAGCCCACCCAGUGAAUCUCAAAACCGUCUGCUCUGUGACAACCUCCAAGCCAAUGAUCACCUGGAGAUUGUCACUGUAAAGUCAGAUGAAAGUGAGACAAUUACUAUGUCCACGGACAGCAAGUCGUAGCCAAACUAGUCAACUAAGCAGCCCCUGGGCUUUGUAGUGAGCGAGUGACAGACAGUCAACACGCCGAUGUUUCCUCGCUCUGGGCUGAAGAAGGCAGGGGAGGGCCUGCAUCUCUAGGGCCUACACCAAUCGCCUGCCAGGAUUCAGAACCAGGCAGGGUGGAGAAACACAGCCAUCAAAUGUGAUGCCUUAAAUGACUCCAUAUCCCAGCCUUCAUAUUGUCUGUUAAUUGAAGAAGAGGCCUAAAUCGGGCAUGGUCUGGGAACAGUCUUGUUUAUUGGCAGUAAUAGUAAGGUAUUGUGGAUGUAACAGAGAAUUGUGGACCCUGCCCUCGCUUUCGCUUUUUUGCACAGCAAAUAUUUCCUCAAAACCUGCACAGACCUCCCCACAGUGGUACAGACCUCUUCACACUCACAGACCUCCCCACACUCACAACUCUUGGCUACUCGAGUAUUUGUGCAUGUCCUCCAAUUGGUCGCUGAUUGUUUACCAAAAAUGCACUACCAUCAUUAAGGGCAUUUUCCCUUCGUGCUAUUCCUCUGCUCGUGGACUCCUUGGGAUGUUCAAGAGCACCAUGAGGCGGUCAUGGUCUGAGAGUAGGGGUCAUGAGAUGUUUACAUAGCAGAGAGCUAUCUAAAGAGCUAUAGCCAAUUAAAUCGUUUAUACUCUUGUUUCUUUUUAGUGAAUGUAUACUUGUUUUAGCCAAUGAGAUGUUACUGGACAUUUGCCUAUUUAUGAUGGAAUGAUUCUGUUGUGUGAGGUUCAGGUCAAAGUACUGAAACAACCUGGCACAGAAAAGGCAAGUUUGCACAUUAAGAUUCAAUCAGUUCAUUUUUAUUGUACAUUACCAUCUGUGGGGGACAUGAGACAUUCACACUAAACAGUAGACAUAGGCUACCCUUCUGAAAA